CAUCCACGCACUCUCUCGGCUGAUCCUGAUUCUGAUGAUAGAGUGUGUCUGCUGUCGCGGAAAUGAAACAUCCAAAAUGGCAGUCCUCAUGCAGAUGUUUUUAUUUUUAUUCAAGACUAAAUUUCGUAGAAAAUAUGGAAUUCAAAGUGUAAUUUUGUGUUUUGUGAUAAUUUACUCAUCUGUGUUCACAAUAUUUUGUAGUGCUAAGUGUAGUGAAGUUCAUUGCGUAAACGGAGAGUGUGUGAAUGGAACUUGUGUUUGUUUAGAUGGGUGGCAAGGACCAUCCUGUCAAUUUUGUGGUGGAAAAGUAAGGUUAUCUGGGCCAUCGGGCGUAAUUCAUGACGGUGUAGGCAACUAUUCGACUGACGUGAAAUGCAGCUGGCUAAUAGACGCUGGAAGCUCUCCAAAUGCGUCUAUUCGAUUGCACUUUGAGGAGUUUGCCACCGAGUGUGGCUGGGAUCAUCUGUACAUAUUCGAUGGUGACUCGGUUCACUCGAAACUGCUAGCUGUGCUGAGUGGAUUGAUGUAUAAAGAAGACUAUGCCAUUAGAAGGACACCAGAAAUAGUAGCUAAUUCAGGAUUUGCACUCCUACAUUUUUAUAGCGACGUAGCAUAUAAUAUGACAGGAUUCAACAUAUCUUACAGACUAAACUCGUGUCCGAGCCGUAUGUCCGGGCUGAACUGUUCGGGGCACGGCGUGUGUAUCGACGGUGUUUGCACGUGCGACGCACUGUUCACGGGCGAGGCAUGCGACACGCCCAUCUGUCCCAACAACUGCAGCUACAGCAACGGCGUCUGCAACGCCGAACAGCAUCGCUGCGAUUGCAACCACAAAUACAGAGGCGAAGACUGUAGCCAAGUAGCAGAAAUGGGCUAUUGGGAGACAGUCCAAAUAAAGGACUUCGUACCAGAAGGAUCUGCCUCUCAUUCAGCUGUUGUGUGGAGGGAUUCACUAUAUAUUAUCGGUGGAGAAUCGUAUUAUCAUCCACCUCCAAAUGAACUGCCAAAGUUGAUUUAUGUUUAUGACUUCAAUGGUAAAGUAUGGGAGACGCACCAUAUGGAGAGUAGGAAUAUUCCGACUAUGCGAUAUGGUCAUUCUGCUGUACUUUUCGGGGAUAAGAUUUAUGUUUAUGGAGGUGUGAAACUUGGUGGAGUUGUCUGCAGCGAGCUAUGGGCGUUUGAUGUGAGUGCAAAAACGUGGGAAAACAUCACUGUGAGAGCAGAGCAAUGCUACUCAUUAUCCAACUCAAGCUCAGUCAAUCUAUGUGGUCCUUUGAAAUCGUCUGGACACACAGCAACUCUAGUCACAACCAACAAACAAAAGAAGUCCGAAAAAAUGGUAGUUAUUUUUGGACACUCGCCCACUUAUGGAUACCUCAACACUGUGCAAGAAUUCCAUUUUGGAACAAGAGAGUGGAUUGUUGUAAAAACGAAAGGAUUUCCUGUGAAAGGUGGUUACGGACACAGCAGCUCGUGGGAUCCGAUGACUCAGCGGAUCUACGUUUAUGGAGGUUUUGUUUCGGAAUUCCCUUCAACUCCUAUUCUAUCAAACAGACUCUAUGCUUAUGACCCAGACUUAUAUACAUGGACCCUGCUGAGUUCGGCACCGAGCGCACGUUUCCUGCACACGGCGACGUUCGUGCACGGCCUGAUGCUGGUGUUCGGCGGCAACACGCACAACGACACGGCAACGUCGCACGGCGCCAAGUGCUACUCCAAGGACUUUCUCGCCUAUGAUGUCACGUGCGACACGUGGACCUCGCUGGCCGUGCCCGCCUCGCUGCGAGCUGACCUGGCGCGCUUCGGCCACUCGGCCGUCACCUUUGAGCACCAGCUCUAUGUCUACGGCGGCUUCGACGGACAAAUGCUCAAUGAUAUGCUUAGAUAUGUACCUGGUUCGUGUAGUAGUCUUUCUAGUAGUAAAUCGCAGUGUUUGAAUCACAAGUUGGGCUGGAAGUGUGUGUGGAACCGACGCGAGAACAAGUGUGUGGCGCUGUCCCAGUUGCCGCCCGACCAGCAGCGACAUCCUUCCGACAUAGACCACGAGAAUGAUGCUAUCAUCCGGUGCCCGGAGACGGCGAGCCGGUCGUCGGUGGCUGCGAACAUAGUGGCGUGCUCGCAGCUGUCCGACUGCACGUCGUGCGUGCACGUCGCUCGGCUGCGGCUGGUGUCCGCCUCCCAGGUCUGCACGCACGACCACAAGUGCAAGGAGCCCAUUCCCACACGCACAGCUUCCAUGCCGUUCGCCCUAUCACGUCAGCAUACGAGUGCGGCAUCGAAGAUGAGCCGUUCUGCCGGCAGCUGCAUUCGUGCCAGGCCUGCUCGGCCUACCCACAGUGCAGGUGGCAGUACACCGGGGCCAUGCAAGGCUGCAGCCAACUUGUCCAUUGAAGAACAACAUGAACCAGUGGUUUGUCCAAACAGUUGUGCUCAGCUGACCUCCUGCCUGAACUGCACCCAAGAGGAAUGCAUCUGGUGUCAGAACGAGGAGCGGUGCGUUGACAAGACCGCCUACACGGCCUCAUUCCCCUACGGCCAAUGCCGCGAAUGGACCACCCAACAUUAUCGCUGUCGUUCCACAAAUGGUGCAUCUGGGUGCAGCGACUACCGCACCUGUGACGAGUGCCGGAAUGCGCCCGAGUGUGGCUGGUGCGACGAUGGCUCGGGCACGGGACUCGGCAAGUGUCUGUCGGGCGGCGCUCACAACUCAAUGGACGUCUGCCAGAAGGAGCAUUGGUACUUCACGCGUUGUCCAACUUGCCAGUGCAAUGGUCACAGUACUUGUUCGAAUAACACAGCAAUUUGCGAUCCUUGCGGCAAUCAGACUACUGGACCUCACUGUGAACGCUGCAAGCCCGGUUACCAUGGCAAUCCAGUUAAUGGGGGAGUCUGUGAACCCUGCCAAUGUAAUGACCAUGGAACCCAAUGUGAUCAGGAAACUGGAAAAUGCUACUGUACGACAAAAGGAAUCGUUGGAGAUCAUUGUGAACGAUGCGAUGUACAAAAUCAUUAUCACGGUGAUCCCACCAACCAUGGCUCUUGUUUCUAUGAUCUGACCAUCGACUAUCAAUUCACAUUCAAUUUGUCGAAGAAGGAUGACAGACACUUUACUCAAAUCAAUUUCAAGAACUCCCCACCAAAGCCCGACAUUGAUGCCGACUUCCUCAUAACUUGCUCUGUUCUGGCAAAAAUGAACAUCACUAUAAAAACAGCGAGCAGUUUGGAAAUUCCGAUCAUCUCUGGAUACAACUGCACCACCUAUCGCUAUAAAUUCAAUAAAGCAGACUUCUCAUUUGGAGUGAUGGACAAUGUGACCUACACAACGUUCUAUGUCUACGUGUAUGACUUCCAUCCGCCUCUUUGGAUUCAGAUAUCGUUCUCACAGUAUCCGAAACUCAACCUCCAACAAUUCUUCAUUACAUUCUCAUCAUGUUUUCUUGCACUGCUGCUUGUUGCUGCCGUCUUAUGGAAAAUAAAACAGAAGUAUGACAUGUACAGGCGAAGACAGAGAAUCAAUGUAGAAAUGGAGAAGAUGGCUAGUCGACCGUUUUCCCAAGUAUUUGUUGAAAUAGAAAAACGAGACAACUCAGCUAGUCAACAAGAUACCACAUCAGUCACCAGUACCUUGAAAAAGAGAAAAAAGGAUUCGCCAAGUCCAAUAGCUUUAGAGCCGUGCUGUGGCAACCGAGCAGCUGUGCUGUCUCUACUAAUUCGCCUUCCCACUGGUGGCGAAAUGUACACGCCUACUGGGCAAUCAGCUGGAUUAGCAAUCGCUUCAGCCUUGGUUACCUUAGGAAAUCCAAGAAAAGUCAGUAUAGAUCCGACAACAAAAAUGGAUGCUAAGGGAAAAACUAGGAAAUCAGUUUCAAGUCAACAUCUGGAUAGUUGUAUAUAGCAUCCGCAUUGCCGAAAUGUCAUCAUUCUCAUGUUAAUAAUAAUCUCGUCCAUUCCAUUCAUCAAUUCAUUGCAUUGUAAAUAUUUUUGAUUUACUCAUUGUUCAAGUCAGGUUUCCUAUUCAUUUAUCACCAACUCACAUUGUCACAAUCUUAGGUUCUUUAUAAUGCUAUUCCAUAUUUUGUUGAACAAUAUAAUGAUUCGUUUUUAUUUAUUGACAUUUAUGUAUAUAUUAUACUUUUAUACCAGUCAUUUAAAAUUAGAUUUAAGUAUCAUAUUAUUCGCUAUGAAAACCAUGUUAUGUUUUGUUGUUGGACGUAUUUAUUUUUUAUACUCAAGUUUUUUACAUAAUUUAUAUAACAUAAUCGUAAAGUUGUGCUCUUACAAAAGUCCUAAAGAAGUCAUUAAAAUGUUGUUUUUUUCACCUGGGUAAACUCGUUUAAUGAAUGGAAUUGUAUUGUUUUUCAAUGGAGAUUGUUGUCAGCUUUUUUAAAACAAAUUCCAAACCUUAUCAAACGCUGAAUUCAAAGUAAAUCUGCUGAUCAUUUCUAGCCUACCUCAUAGAUAGCUUUGGGAUGUUGUGUGAUAGAAUCGAUUAAGCUCAGUAUGAAUGAUAUAUACAUGUCAUAAUGCUAUGAAACUUAUGCAUGAUCUACAUCUACAUAAAUUAAUAUUGACCUGGAGUUUUUAAUCAUUUGCUCUCUUAAAUGAACAUACAUUUAUAGUUUUUUUCUCAAUAUUGUAUGGCCUUCGAUUAUUGUGUAUUCAAGAUUAUUUCAGAAUUACAAAUAAUUAAGAAUAGUA